GUUUUCUUACGCUAGGUCUGGUCCCCUUUAUUGGUCGUCGCCUAAUAGGAGUUAUACUAAAAUAGUUUCCUGAUGUGCUGCAUUGUGUAGUGAUUUGUCAUAAUCGGCGGUUAUCAUAAUCAAGAUUUUUCUGCUUUGUGCACUUUAAAAUGACGUCUACGAAGCCUGGAGAAUGGGUCAUGCAGGCUCUAUUUCGUCAGUUAACCAACUUAGCCCAAUUAAAAAUUGAGAAAGCACUUGGAGAUGGUCAAGAAACAAAUCUCGUGAAAAGCAUGAAACUGAAUGAAGAUGCAGCCUAUGAACAUCUCAUAACUGCUUUUGGUGUUGCCGCCGAAUUCGCUCUUCCUUCAAUCUUAUCUACACUUUCACUAUGGUAUAGAUCUCAGCACUCAUCUGGGAAAUAUUAUCAAUUCCACCAGUUUCAGUCUUUAAGUUCAGCCAAUGAGUACAUUGGAAACGUUACUUCAAUGGCAGUCCAACGUCCUUUAGCUAACGAUAGUAAUCCUGUUGUUGAAAGCCAACAAGUUUCAUAUCUUGCUGCCAAUAAAUCAGAAAAGACUAUCAAAUGUGCCUCAGAAUCAUCUUCGCUGUCGAAAUCCCAUAAUUUACAUUUACCAGAGUUAUCUGUUCUAUUUGAACGACGUGAUCUUGCCAUUGAUAUUAUAUUUUGUCAUGUCAUGCUUGCAGUUUUAAAGCAAUUGCCUUUUCAUCCAGGCCAUAAUGAUGUUAUUGAAUCAAUCUUAGAGCAAUGUUUCGGAAGAUUCAACUAUAGAGAGGAUUUGCAGCCGAAAAAUAGUGAAAAUAUAAAUCUCGUCGCUGAUCUAUACGCAGAAAUUGUCGGACUGUUAUUCCAGUCAAGAUUUGCUCUGGUACGCUACAAAUUUAUGAGUUGUCUGAAUGAUCUGCGAUCUAAAGAAAACAGUCAAAAUAAUAGAGCUAGUAUUGUAUCUCUUAUAAUGGGGAUGAAGUUUUUCCGGGUUAAAAUGCAUCCAAUCGAAGAUUUUGUGAAAUGUUUCACUUUCUUACAAGAAUUAGGUCAAUACUAUCUGGAAGUGAAAGAAAUUGAAAUCAAGCAUGUACUCUCUGAUUUGUUUGUUGAAAUUUUAUUGCCAGUAGCUGCUGUUGCACGUCAAGAAGUUAACAUUCCAGCAUUAAAAACAUUUGUAGAAAAUUUAUAUCCAACAAGUUUGGAAUUGGCUAGUAAGAAGAAACAUAUCCCAGCCUUAUUCCCGUUAGUGACUUGCUUGCUGUGUGUUGGUACUAAAUCAUUUUUCUUGAAUAAUUGGACCAAUUUCUUGUCUAUCUGCUUAAGUCAUCUUAAAAAUCGGACUUCUAAAGUAGCUUUGGUCAGUUUACAAUCAUUAUCCUGCAUAUUGUGGGUCUAUAUUGUACGUAUCAAAGGUGAAAAACAUACAGAAACUCAAACAAAAUUACACACAAUUAUCAAUAGUUUAUUUCCGAAAAAUCAGAAAAUUAUUCUACCAAAAGAUGCACCAAUCAAUAUAUUUGUUCGUAUUAUUCAAUUUAUUGCUCAUGAAAAGCUUGAGUUUGCCAUGAAAGAAGUUAUCAUUGAGCGGUUAGGGGUGAAUGGAUUACAGAAAACUUUGGUGAUGCCAGAGCGAAUAAAUGUAGGUAUAUGUGCAUUCCUGCUGAUUGCCCAUGGCCUUCAACAGAAGGAGGGGGAACCGCCCAUGCCUCAACAAUGCAUUGGUGCUGGAGGGGUUGGUGGUGGUUUUAGGCAAGCUGUUAUUAAACGUUCUUUUCAUGGUACCAAUUUGAAUGAAGCAUUGGGUUCCUUAUUAGGAAUACAAAGUUAUUUAGUACCUGUUCGAAGAGCAUUUGAACAUAUUUUACGUCAGCUGGAUACUCAAGUUUGUCGUACAAUGAUGUUGCCAAAACAAGAAGUUACUCAAAAAGAAUUUGAUGAGUUAAUGACAGCAGACCGUAAACCUAAACUGGAUUUAUUAAAGACCUGUGUUGCCUGUAUUCCUCGUCUGCUUCCUAUUGAUAUGACUAAACAAGAGAUUUUAGAAAUACUAGCUAAAGUUUGUCUGCAUGUCGACGAAGACGUACGAAAAAUGGCACAGCAAGCUAUGGCCAACUUGAUAGUCGAACUACCAGCUUAUCGGGUUAAAACAAUAGAAGUUUUUAUACAAUUUAUUCAGAAAAAUGUAGCUGAUACAUCACCUCACCAACUAGAUAGCUGUCUGAAGACUUUAUUUCAUCUAUUAAACAAUUGGAAGUUAGCAUUGCAAAGGAUGGAGCCGUAACACCUAAUAUGGCUGAAAAAUCAGCUUUAUAUGAAGCUGAAGGAUUUGCUUUGGUUAUGUUGUGCAGUUGUCGUUUAAUUACUAGACGUUUGUCUGUUCAUAUUCUCAGGAAAUGUCGAGCUUUAUCAAAUUUAAUCCAAUCCGCUACUUAUGAUCAAACGUUAAAAAAUCCAAAUGAUUCACGAGAAUUGUGUUGUAUAGAUAUUUUAGACCGUUCAGUGCCAAUUAUUUUGAAAUAUCUUUUACCUAUAUUACCUUUAAGCGAAAGAUCCGCUUUGUCUUCAGUGUCUAACAUGGAUUUUUCUGUCUUCACGGAGCGCUCUCAUCCUGUUUGGUUUAGUGGUAGUACACUGCCUGUGUAUACACCUGUGGUUUUACCAGCUAAUUAUUUGAAUAACACUCAAUACUCUGGUUUAAUGUCUAACAAUGACGUGCAACAAAGUGAAGAAGUCCGAUUUAAUGGUUUAUCAAAUCUUCACGAUCUUAACAAAUUAAACAAUUGUAAUAAUAAUAACAACAAUUGUAAUACUAAUAAUAAUCCAACUGUAGGAAAUCCAGUGACCGGCAACACAAAUGAGAAAUCUAGACCCGAUGAAUCUGUUGUACAGGAAUCAUUUACGAAAAUCGUCAGACCGCAAGUUUCUGGAUUAUUCAUACCUUCGAAAUCUUUUGAUUUUCGUAAUAUACAAACUUCUAAGUCGUAUUUAUCUACAACACCUGUUCAUCGAAGAGCAUCUCAGUAUAAUCAACAAAUUCAGCAUACUCAACAAGCUUACAUUAUGCAGCCUGCACAAGAACGUGUAGCUGUCACAGAUGUAUGGGCUACUUGUCUUUCUAUUGUAUUCAACUCAUCUAAUUUGCCCACAAGUUGUCCCAUGGCCAUCAAAUCUGCUUGGUCAAUAUUGUUUCAACGAAUAAGUACUAUUUUUCCUCUAAUUGACCCAAGGCAAGUCCCUGUACUUACUUUUUUCAUGUCCAUUAAAUCGAAGCUAGUCAUUUGGUUCAGUCUAUUUUCUUUUUAUAUGUCUGUUUUCGUUAAGGUUUAUCUUUAUAAAAAGAGAAAUGAAGUUGUUCCCGACGUAACGUUGCUCAUCAACAAUUAUUUGCUAACCGAAAACAUCCCAGUACUAUACGACAUGGUGCUAUUUUUCGAGUUAUUCUUUUUAGGAAUUUUUCUCUGUGUACUUACGCGUUAUAAAGGUUUUUUCACUUUUUAAUACUUUACUUGGUAUAUAUUCUACAGAUAUAUAUUUACUGAAAGCCC